CAGGUGGGCUGUGCACCUCGAUAUGUGUUUGGACACGGCCAGCACGGCGGGAAGUCAAGUCUUUCUUUGGUCUUGCAGGAGGGCAUCUGGGAAUUCCCGCCUGGUGUUGCCGCCUGGGGAGUUUCGUACUGUUCGUCAAACGAAAUUUGUGGGUCACUACUUGCCCUGGUUCUUGGGAAACAACGUCAAUGAAGCGUGCACUCAAGCAGGGCCUAGUUGUACCUACAAGAACGACCACUGGUGUUUGGAAUAUGGCAAUUCAUACUACUCCAGCUAUUUGGGGGCAUACGACAUCAGUGACGAGACUACAAUCGACACACAGUUGGAUUUGAUGGCAGCAUCUGGAUUGGAUGGCCUUUGGAUUGAUUACCAAAUGUCAACAUGGGAUGACCAUGUUGACAGGCUCGUUGCAGGUUUAAAAACUCGAGGAAUGGGUUUUGCAAUCAUGGUCGACUCGGCGACGUUUCCUGACGUUAUGAUAACCACGGCCGCAAAAGUUGUCAAUUGGACGCAAGAACCACAUUACUACCGGCACCAAGGAUUGCCCAUUGUGCCAAUAUGGAACAACAACGAAACAAUCUUUUCACCGCUGCCAGUCAAUGCAAUCUACAUCUCAAGGAUCGAACUAGUUCCUCCUGAAUGGGCAUCUGACACCUACACAUGGGUGUCAGACACAUAUCUUGAGAGGUAUUAUGAGGAAGAUCACCCAGUUGUCUCAUCUGGAUCUGUAUUUCGUGGAUAUCGGGAUUGCUACUUUGAUAAGACGCUUCUGGAGCCAAAUGUGUCUCUGUUGGACAUCACUCUGCAAAGAGCGAGGCGUCACCGGCCCGAAUUCAUUCAGAUCACGACGUGGAAUGAUUACACAGAAGGUACGCAGCUAGAGCCGAGUUGGUUGAGACGCAAUGAUGAAUGCGUGGAUGUAUGUGGAGAGAAUUGCUUGUUAACAACGGACUGCCACUCCUAUGGCCUUCAUACCGACUGUACAAAGCCAGUUGGUAUGGCAUUUGGACCAGCAGACCCAUCUUGCAACAUCUCGGGUAACCUGAGUGCGUUUGCAGAAAUCAAUCAAGUCGCAGAAUUCAUUGCACGGGAAAGGCAGAUUGGCAGAGCCCUAGUUGCCGCUAGUUCAGUUAGUUGAAAGGGUAAGCACUGGAAUCACUU